AUGAAGAAAUAUCUGCUCAACUAUUUGAACAUCGUUCAUAACCAUGUUGAUACAGCGGAUUACGAUGUUUUCGCUGACGAAUGUAUAAAAUACAUAGGAAAUCACAGAAAAUACAUUUUAUUGGUUUUGAAAAGUUUGAGUGAGUUCAAAGAUGACAAUUUGCUAUGUAUGAGUUACAAAAUAAUAAGAGAAGUGAAUAGUGACCAAUCCAUUGAUGUGUGCGAUGAGGUAUUGCAAAAGCACAUACAAAAUACGAAUUUAAAGGACUCUGUCAUCUUAUACCUAGCUACCACGAAUAAAAACAUCUGCAAAGUGGAUAUAAUGGAGACUUUUUAUGAUAAGUACGAGUUCAACAUCGAAUAUUGCUUGAUUUUCAACAAUAGUUGUUAUAAGGAUGAUUUUAUAGAUUUUUUGGAGUCACAACGACCGGAAUUCGUAGAAAGAAAAUUAUAUGCUAUGAUUUACACAUGUCGUUUUUAUAACGUAUGGGAAUAUGUGGAAGAUUUUGGAUCAGAAGAUAAAUUUAGAAGUUUGUUGGUCUGUAACCUGUUUAAUUUGCUGGUCGAGAAGGUCCAGCAGGCCAUGAAUCAGCUCGAAGGAGAUUCGUGUAAGCGAAAAAUCCAAUCAUUUUUUAGGAACGAAUUUUGCAUUAAGGAUGCGUUUUGUUACCGAUGUGAGAAGUUUAUCUUAUGCAUUUCCAAAACAUCUUUUUUCAUAGACAUGGUAGGCAAUACAAGGCUGAAUGUGCAAUCGAUAAAUAAUUUUUUUGUAAAUUUUAAGAAAUUUAUGAGAAAGAAGGACAUGGUGGAUGAAUGGAUAAGAGACGGUAACCGGGAGCGAGUACGGAGUGCUUUAUCAGGAUACGUAAGUAACGAUGAAGGUUUUACACUACCAGACGAAGUUAACUUCCGAGAAGCGGGUGAGCCUAGACAAAUAUUUGUUGCUGAAAAAGAAACAGAAAUAAAUUUUGAUCAUCUAUUUGAUAACAACUGCUUGAAGUUGCCCGCAGACUGCACCGAGCCUUGA